ACAGAUACAACUAAUUAAGACUGAAACACUUUUGUAAUGCUACGCUCAACUGAAUCACGACUAGAACAUGUCAUUCAGCUUUAUCACUGUGUUAGUUGUAGUUAUAAAAAAAACUGUACACACUAACGACAAGCGGCUCGCGUCGCGAGAGCAUCGAAUCAACAAUGCGGUAGUGUAAACAAACUAUCGGAGCAGAUUUAUAUGAGUUCCAAAUUUUUUGGCAACAUUUCAGUGGACAAUUUUCAUAAUGGCAGGCGGAGAACCAUCGAUAUACUCACAAAAGGAUAAAGAUCAAAUUGUCAAUUUUAUGGAGUAAGCGAUUACAUCCAAUGAUAGCAAAAACUUAAAGACUUUACACAAGUCGCUGAAGGUAGCAUUGAAAAAGGAAAGAUCGAAAGUAGUGACAAAAAUCCACAAGAACAUAUUCAAAUUUAUGCAAAAGAACGUUUUGAACAACAAUAUGGAUCAAAAUUCGAUUGUUGAAUCUACGAAUAUCCCAAAUGACCUUAAUCCAUUGGAUGAAAGUGAUCGUGAUUCUAGUGUCGUCGAUUCAGUUUCAAAUACGCAUGGAAUUGUUGAUUUCGAGCCGCCUCGUCAACAAUCAACAAUUGGGAAUAUUCAAAUAAAGGAAUCCAACGACAUAAUAUUCGGAAAUAGAAUAAUUUACAAUGGACCAGUGAACAUUCAUCGACAUGUGCUCCAACAUAAUCCAUCUGAUUCACAAGCAACUGACGAAAAUGUUGAUCAAAGUGCCGAACAUUUGAAUCCCAUUGAUCGUCCUAGUGAAAAUACUACAAACGACGUGGACAAUGUGAUGAACAAAAUUUUUGCUGUUUCCCCAGUGUUGAUCAUAGUCAUAACUGUGAUCUAUUGUGCAGCUCCGAUUGCAAAACGAAGCGCUAUUGUUAUUAUUUUCAAAUGUUUCAUCCUUAUGCUUUUUCUGUUGAUCAUAGCUUAUUCACUUUUAUGGUCGGUGCUCGGUGAACAUGUUAAUGAAGUUAACGACUCGUUUAUCUAUACUGUGAUAAUAUGUGCUGUUCUAUACCUUGGGUUUGCUAUAAUGUAUUUAUUUUUAAGUGUCGUGUUUGACACAUAAAUCCAGUACAAACUUUGCGAAUACCUUAUGAUCAUUGAACCGAUUAUAGAUCACAAUUUGUGAUUGAAUCAACUGUGACAUCACCAAUGUGGACUCAGAUUUAGGAAUUUGGUCUUCAACCUAAAGGCAAUUCACUCCAAAAUAGACAUUCACACUCCAAAAGAGACACACAAAAAUUACAUGGACAGCAAAUCGACGUAAAUUAAAAACAAAGAAAAAAAAAUUGAAUUCUCUUGUUUAAUAACAAGUGUGUUUUCCAUUGGUUCAAAUAUUUAUAAUUCGCUUAUUCUACUCUGUUCUCUUAUUUUCUUGCGAUCGAUUCGUUGGCGUUUAUAAACAAGUCGAACAAUUCAUGUUAAUCGCGUUGAAUGCAGCACGGAUGAAUAAAUAAACAUUAGAGCAUAAAAGCAUCGAAUCAGCGUAUUUCACGAAAGAAUGGAGAAAAAGAACUGAAAGCAAAAUUUUAUCAUAAUUUCACCGCAGUAACGGAAUCGAUCGAAUCAGCAAGUACAGACGCAGCAACUGAAAGAACAACAAGAAAAAGAAAGAAAACACCUUUCAGUGUGCACUUUGAAUUCAAUCCAAUCGGACAUACAGUUGUCUAAAACAGCGGCAAUCAAGACGAUUUAAUAUGAGUAAAAAAGCCAAAAAUUCUGCAAUUAAAAAAUACACCAAUUCGCAUGAAAAUGAAAGUGACUCCAGCGAUUCAGCUUUGGAUGGAAAUGAAACGUUCAAACCAUUUCACCAAGAACGAAUUGGUGACGUUCAUAUAAAUCGAUCAAGUGAUACCGUCUUUGGGAAUAAAGUGCGUGUUUUCAACAGACAUCAACGUCCGCCUAAUUCAGAAGGAGUUAAUGGUGACAAUCAAAAGACCGAUGUUUUGCAUCAAUCCAGUGCACCAAAUAGCACAUUUUCGAUUGUUGAACUGAACGAUUUGUUCGCACGACCGCUUGUGCAAACGGUUUAUAUGAUCGCAAUCCUGGUCGUUUUGUGCCUUGUGAAGUAUUUCCUUGCUUUAUUCGACUCUUAGGCUCAGUACCGGCAACAGAACUCAACCGAACAGUAUUUUUGAAAAUAGCGAAUAAUUGAAAGCCAAUAAAGUAAAUCCAAGUCUUUGUUUUGCACCGAAAAUGAUUUGAUUGUGAUAAUAUUUAAUUCAACGGUCAAGCUUAAAAUAUGAACUAUAAAAAAAAUCAUUGUAGCAAAUGUUAGACUAUUGCAUAGUGCGGUUAUUCAUAAAAUUCAUCAAUUUAAUCAUAUCCACCAGCUCUAAAAUACUAUUGACAUUGACAUUGAAUUCAUGUCGAGGCAAUCUAAGAAACACGAGCAGUUACGUCACUUCAAAAGUAUACACACACUCAAACAUGUUCAAAUAAAUGAAACCAAUCUAUCGUUAUGCUGAGUUAUGUAUUUGUGAGUCAUUCGAUAUGAUAUUUGUGGCGAUCACUUUUUGGCAUUUGUAAACAAGUAACACAAUCGAAUACAUCACGAAUGUGUGGAUAAACAUUAGAAUAAAGAAGAACAGUGAAGAACAGUGAAGACUUCGAGUGAAUUGAUUGAGUCAGCUUAUCGCCUCAAAAAAAAAACAACGAUAAGAUCAAAAUUAGAGCUCCAGUUCAGAAACGAUACCGUUUGAGUCGAGUGCAAAUAGUGAAAUUGAAAGAGUAACAAAAACAAAAUACAAAGCCAAUAGGCAUAAAUAAAAACGGGCGAUUGAUAAAUUAAAAGGCGACGUAGUGACAAAAUAAAAAUGAAAUGAAUUCAAUAAAAAAGUUCUUCAAUAAAGCGAAUCGAAAUUCAAUUGUCCGGAGCUCGAAUGUCACAGAUGACAAUAACUCGACGGAUGUAAGUGAUGAUGAAUCUAGUGUCGUAGAUUCGGUUUCAGAUGGGAAUGAAUUGGCUCCUUUUGAUCCGCCUCAUCAACAAUCGAACAUCGGGCACAUUCAAAUAAACGCAUCGAAUGACGUCACCAUCGGCAAUAGAAUAAUCUAUCAUGGGCCAGUUACCAUCCAUCAGCAGGUGCUCAAUCAAAACCGGUCUGAUCCACAAGUAAAUGGUGGUAAUGUUAAUCGAAGUGCCGACGUUUUAAAUCGACCCGUAUUCACGGCCGAAGCGGCAGGUUCAUUGCGGAUUGUUGAACGAAGUGAAUGGUUUGCACGGCCACCUGCACGAGAAUUGGAGCCUUUGGAACAACCAGCGAUUCGCGUAAUUAUUGCAUAUACCGCGGGCCAACACUCUACUAUACACAGAGAGUGUGCUGAAAUUGUUCGCAACUAUCAAGCCGAGCACAUUGAGCUAAAAGGCUGGGAUGAUAUCGCCUAUAAUUUCUUAGUUGGUGGUGACGGUUCCGUUUAUGUCGGCCGAGGAUGGGACUACAAAGGCGCACACAGCCGGAUUUACAAUCGCAGAAGCAUUUGUAUUGCAUUCAUUGGGACAUUCUCCACAAGUCCACCACCGGAACGUUCUUUGAUUGCAGCUCAGCAAUUGAUUAAACGCGGCGUUGAACUGAAGAAAAUCGCCGAAGACUAUCGUUUGUACGGAGCUCGUCAGUUGAUACAAACUGUUAGCCCCAGCAACAUCGUCUACGAAAUUAUUAAAACUUGGGAUCAUUGGACCGAAGAAGUUAUUCCACCGUGAAUUCACUGCCAAAAAUAUCAAAGUCGUUCAAAAAUGUAGUUAGUUCAUAGCAAAAAAUGUUCUUCACUAAUCGAAUUACCGUCACCAAAUCACUCAUCAACGAUUUGUUUUUCACUAUCAAUAGGUAUUAAUUUUACUUGCCAAAAAAAACUAGGCUAGCCUUCUAAAACUUUGUUUCAACAUCAAUAAACUCGAAUGAAAUUUGUGUUCCACCAAACUAUUCGGUAUCAAAAUACCUAAAAAUAGAAAUAAAUAACAAAUUUAAAGCAAUAAAAAUAGAAAAUCGAACAACAA